UUGCGUGUGCUGUAAACAACCCUACUGAGAGGAGAAAAGUACCGAGCCGAACGAUUAGAAAAUUAGUUAACCUCAUUUAUAAACUGACAGGAAAACAUAAUAGAUGGUACUAAUGUUAUUAACUUGUAACAAUGGUAUUGGUCAUUGUCGGUUUGGUCUAAGGUAACUUCUUAUGCCUGUCCAGUAUCAAAACUGGUAUAGAGAAAAAUAACUUGAAUACAAAAAAAGGUGUGUUUAGUUGAAUUAGAUUCAGGUAUUUUCUUAUAACAAACAUGAAUUAUGAUGGUAGCAUACUUUACUGUUAUUCGUGCCUUUCAUUUUUUUUUAUUUAGUAUGCUGAAGCCAAUUUGUUUCUCUUCUACUGAUACGUAUCAAAAACUCAAUCUGUAACAAUAAUUUGUUAAGUACUAAAUCUCCUGUUUUCUUUUAAAUUGUAAAGGAAAACCACAGUUUCCAGAUUUAUUAACUCAAAAAUAUGUUAGUCAGACUGGAUUUCUUUUCUCUUUCAUAUAAACAGUGAAUUAGAAAUUAAAUGUGUAGGUGGUAACUGUUCACAUGAAUGUAAAGGAGAAAAAAAAGGUGAUAAUGAUGACAACCGAGCUCACGGGGGUGGCUGUAUUUCCCUUUUUUAAUGUUUUGCAUGUUUUUCUUGUUUCUUAUUCUGUUAACAGAACACUCUGGGACUGUUUGAUGCAAACAUUUAAUAUCCGGUCACGUCUGCACCGUUUGUAAAUGGCAUGUAAGAAAAGCUAAAAAUGCACAUCACUGUCCGGAAUGGUUUCUUCCACUAUUCUGCAAACCUCCCCUGAAUGAGUCAUCCAGCUGGCUGCUCAUUGGAUGAGACCCUGCCAUCCCAAGGGAUUGCCUUGCAGAGGCAGAAAGGCCUUGCUUUCAUUCACAGAAACUCUGGAGAGGGUGAUGAGCGCGGCUCAGCCACGUCUGCCGGUGCUCUUGUGAAGGAGGCAGGCUGUGUGUGUUGGUUGGUGGGGAGAGGGGAGAGAGCAAGAGAGAGAAGGGUAUGCUUCACCGUACUAAGUACAACCGCUUCAGGAAUGAGUCUGUAACGUCAGUCGAUGAGCUUCUCCACGGCCUGUCCAUGAACCCCAAGGUUUCGGCCUCCCCCCAGCCUGCUGCCGAGCCGUCCUACACACCCCCAGCUGAGGUUCAGCCCUCUUCCACCAGCAUCACCACCAGCCACGGCUCUGACCAUCUGGAGGAUGGAGGCACCACCCUCUGCACCCUCAUCAACAAAGUCUCCGGCCUGAAAUUCAGCAACUCGGGCAGCUUGCUGGGCAUCAAGGGCCUGCCCUCGGCUGUCAAGGACCUGGCUGUGUCCAAGCUGCAGGGGGGUGGGGGAUCAGGCUCAGGCACCUCCAGUGGCUCGAGCCCCAGUGUGGCGACAGCAGCGGCGGCGGCGGCGGUCUCUGGUGCGGGAGGCUCUCUGUGCAGCUCAAGCCCCUGCACACAGCUGGAGCCAGCUGUCAGCAUGAGCAAGAAGAGCAGGCUGGAUGACCUCCAGCCCAGCGGAGAGGACUGGAAUCCAGGUGGAGGUGGUGGACUGAUGAGCAAGCCCUCCAGAGGAUGGCUCCACUCUAAUGAGAAAAUCUCUGGUCCAGGAGUCACAUACAUCGUGAAGUAUCUGGGCUGCAUAGAGGUCCUGCGGUCGAUGAGAUCCCUGGAUUUCACCACGAGGUCACAGAUAACUAGGGAAGCCAUCAGCCUGUUGUGUGAAGCUGUUCCUGGGACCAAAGGAGCUCUGAGGAAGAGGAAGCCACCAUCCAAAGCGCUGUCCAGCAUUUUAGGAAAGAGUAAUCUUCAGUUUGCUGGCAUGUCCAUCAACCUUAAUAUCUCCACCAGUAGCCUCAACCUGAUGACUCCUGACUGCAAACAGAUUAUAGCCAACCAUCACAUGCAGUCCAUCUCCUUUGCUUCAGGUGGAGACCCUGACACCACAGAUUAUGUUGCCUAUGUAGCGAAGGAUCCCGUUAACCGAAGAGCUUGCCACAUCCUUGAGUGCCCCGAUGGACUGGCUCAGGAUGUCAUCGGCACCAUCGGCCAAGCUUUCGACCUUCGGUUCCAGCAGUACCUGCAGUGUCCCUCCAGCAAGCUGCCCCCCGUUAAUGACAGGGUAUUAAACAUGGAGGAGUUGCCAUGGACAGAGGAAGAAGAGGAGUCAUCAGAACAUCCGUACUAUAACAACAUCCCAGGCAAAAUGCCACCUCCCGGAGGCUUCAUCGACACCCGGCUGACCAAUCAGAACGCAGCUUCAGAUGGCUGCCAGAUGGGUCCAGGCUCAGUGGAUCAGACGUAUUACCAGGGGAGACAUUGUGACAGCUGGGCAGAUGAAAGGAAGCCCGUCUUUCUGCAGCAGGGUUCAUUUGAUAUCAACUUGCUCCCGGAGAGUAAAGGACAGGCGCCGAAACCGGGAGAGAUGCCUACGUAUGUGAACACGCAGCAGAUUGAUGCCCAGGUGCUCGCAGCUCUGCAAGCAGAAGCAGAAAACGUCACAAAGGGCAUGGCAGCUGUCGCCAAAGAGAGCCCACAGAAGGACCUGUUUGACAUGAAGCCCUUUGAGGAAGCCAUUCAGUCCCAGUCCCAGCCGUCCUCCCAGGGCCAGAGCCAGGUGUCCAGUCUUCACAAGGCAGCAUCCGUGGACAACUCGAGCCCCCUGCUAGUCAGGUCGUUGGCCUUCCGCACGCAGGAAGAGUUGGAGGGCCAGACGUGGUACCACGGCAAAAUGAGCCGCCGAGACGCUGAGAAACUGCUCAAAAACGACGGAGACUUUCUCGUCCGCACAAGCACCACCAACCCAGGGUCCUAUGUACUGACAGGAAUGCACAACGGACUUGCAAAACAUCUACUGUUGGUGGACCCUGAGGGCACGGUACGGACAAAAGAUCAUAUAUUUGACAGCAUUAGCCACCUCAUUGACCACCACCGUGACAACAAUUUGCCAAUUGUGUCAGCUGGGAGUGAACUGUGUCUGCUUCAGCCUGUUGAGCGGAAACUGUAACAGGAAGCUCCAAAAAAGAACAAAAAAGAAGAAGAAGAAGAAGGGUCUCCCAAACCAUGAACUUAAAGAUGAGAAGACAAUGCCUAAAAAAGGGGCCCGGUGUGCUCAGAACUGUCCCGCUUUACCGGAGUCGCUAGGAAACACAAGAUUUGUUUAAGAGUACAGAAAAAUGUUUCUAGAAUUGUUCUUAUUUUGUUGUGACGACUGAAAUGCUAUAUUUUUGAGAAGAAAUGGCUGCAUUUGGACAUAAAAUCUUGAUUUGGUGUUUUAAAAAAAUAAUAAUAAAAGGAAGAAUUGUUGUAGUUUAGAUGACUCGAACCUCAAAGAGGAGACAUGAGAACAUUUUAGAAUAAAAUUCAGAAGUUUUAGUUUUGUCUGUUAAGCACAAGCGUAUUUCUACAGGAGCUGCUGGCUUCACGGUUCAAGAAACGGAAAGGCGGUUUUUAAUGAUUUGCAUUAGGAGAAGCGUCCUUAAAGCUCACUGAAAUAGUCCACACAGAACCUGCUUUUUGUUGGUGAUUAUGAAAACUGAAUGUGUCUUUGCUUUGCAGUUCUCACAAAGUGUCCGGUGGGGGCAGACAGACACGGUUCGUCGUGCUGCCCGUGGCGUCCGAGACGGAGUUUUUACUGAGGCGUUUCCUCGUGUCACUGCAGUCGCAUGACUUCAAAUGAAACCGUUCUUGUGGCCAUGUUUGUAGACCUCGAUACCCCUUAUUUGAAAGAGGUGCUUGUGUACGCUGAACCUGUAAAAUAUUUCUGCUUUUCAACCGGUGA